AUGGACGCACUUUCUUCAAAUCUAAGCAACCAGAAACGUGCAUCAUGGAGGCUACGGUGUCGCAAGAGGCUAGCACAGCAUAUUUGGGAGGUAUUGGGAAUUGAGAUUCAGCCUCUGGAGGUCCGUUUGAAGUCUACAGAAGACUUGGGAUAUUCAUGGAAGAUUGAAAAAACGUCUUUGGAGACCUUCUUUGACAAAAAUCUCAGUAAGCACUCUGUAGGAGCUUACAUGCAACUGUACCACGGGGUGGGCCAAGACUUUUAUGCCAUCCACUGUGAUGGCCGCCAGGCCAACAGCGUGUCAAGUCGUGAUUGCCUGGCUCACGUUCAAGAAGAGAAUGAGCGUUUGAACAAAAUAUUAGAGCAGGCCGAAGCAGAGAAAGCCCGAAUCAAACAGACCAUGGCCCAUGUCGAGGAGGAGAUUGGGUUUCAGAAAGCAAAGAACGAAGAGGCCCAGAUGACUAUACAUCAGAAUCAGCAAGAAAUCCAGUACUGGAUGAACGUUGCUGAAGCGUACCGGCUUGGAUGUAAGCAAUGUUCGGAUGCAUUACGGCAGCUGGCCGAAUUCGCUCACGACGUGAAGCCUGAGAUGAAUAUGUUCCUGCAGCAAUAA